GUGAUUUGGAGUCGAUUGCGGUAUGGCCGACCGCGACAAAAGAAAUCGGAGUCGCGGAUCACGAAGGGCAUGCAUCGGAAGAAGACCAAGAAGGAUUUGUCCAUCAAGGCAUGGCGCGACCGUUCCCAGAACAAGAUUUUGAAGGAAGUGCACAAGAAGGGGCCUUUGAAGAGCGUGAGGCAGCUUCAUGGGCAGAUUCGAUUUGCCAGAGGCAGUUCGGCAUGGACCAAGGAUCAUGAAACCGAAGCCGCAUUCCAGGAGCGCAAAAUGGAGAAGAAAUUGCUGGAUGCCGCACUGGAUGAGAAGCUCCUUCCGCCUGAGCGUUCUAAAGUGGCUGCAGCAGCCCUGCAGGCACAUGCCAAAGCACGCGACGGCAAGCGGCGGGAGCAGGAAAAAGAGGCCCGGAAGCGGGAGGACUUGGAUCUGCGCAGGCCGCGGAAACUCACUCUUGGAGCCGCUCUUCGCGGAAAG